AUGUGGUUUGUCUCCCUAAGCAAGAGGGAGGUUGAGAGGAAGGAGUUUCUGGGAGAUUCCACUAAGAGGAAACAUGCCUUGGAGUUGGAGAAAUCUGUUAAAAGUUCGUCUCUUGGUCCAGAAUCAUUUUUGGCACAUAAUUGGGGAUGGGCGAGAUACUUCUGUUUGGUUAAUAAGUCUGACAUCGUCAAAUGGCGUAGAAAUGUUGGUCGCUUGGAUUCCCUUUCAGUUUCUUCGGCAUGGAAUGACUUGCGCGCUCGAGCUCCACUGGUAGAUUGGAAUCAUGUUGUGAGGUUUAAACAAUGUAUUCCUAAGCACUCUUUUUUGUUAUGGCUCAUGGUUAAAAGAAAAUUGAAGGCUCAAGAUGUGCUUAGUCAAUGGGAUAUUGGGAUGUUCAACAUAGUAGUUUGCUUCUACUAUGCUCGUUGUGUAACUCAGCCGGAUUCACAUUCAUAUUUGUUCUUUGAUUGUCAUUACUCUUCAAUGGUGUGGUGUGAGUUCAAUCGCAUUGCUGGUUCAAAUCUGUGUUUUGGUGAUUGGGAAGAUAUCAUGACAGAGCUACGCCUUGUUGCUAAAAAGAAUUUUUUUUCUAGUGUUGUGUCAAAGUUGGUUUUAGCUGGUACGGUUUAUGCACUUUCGCAAGAAAGGAAAUGCAGGUUGUUUAAGCAAAGGAAUUGA